AUGAAAUUCGCUGUAUUCUUAUAAAAUCAUAUUAUACCAGAAUGGGCAUUAAUGUAUUUGAACUAUAAGGCUAUAAAAGCGUAUCUAUCAACCUCAGGUGCACUCAAAGACUUCUUAUUAUAUGCUAAAAAGACAAAGAGUCCUUAAGAGUAUAAGGAAGUAAAGAAAAAUGUUAUGGAAAAAACAUAUAUAAUAUCUAAAAUUAGUGUUGAUUAGAAAGAAUUUAAUAAGAAGUUUAUAUAAGAGUUAUCUAAAAUCAAAGCCUUUGUGAAUGCAAAAUAUAAUGAUUUGAAGGGCAAAACAUAUAAAAUACAAUUAUAAAUAUUGUCUAUGAAUAGAUAUUAAAGAUAAUUAGAGAGAAGUAAGAAGCGUUCAGUAAUCAGAUCAAAUUCUUAAGUAUCUGAAGAGUUAACUGAAUAAUUAACAAACUAAUAAAUAAAAAUAAGAGAUUCUGAUUUCAAUGAAAAAAGUAAAAAAUUGAAAGAAUUAUGUUUUCAAUUAUAUAAUGAGGGUGUAAAUUUUGAAAAGUACUUAAAAAUAAAUCAAGAAGCGAUUCGUAAAAUUAUGAAGAAAUAAAAUAAGAAAUCAAUAAAACUUAAUUAAGAUCAAAUUAAUAUAGAUGAAUGUAAAAAAUUGAUAUCAGAAAUAAAUUUUGAUGUAAGAUAAAAUAAAGUGAAAUAAUUAUUAUUUCAAGUAGAGAAAUACCUUUUAAAACACUUCUAUUAAACUAAAUAAAAACUUUGUAAAGAAUAAUUACGUAAAUAUCAAUUUCAAACUGAUAAAAAUAAUAAAGCUUGGUUUUAGUUUGGGUUAUUCACUGGAUUUUCUUUUAUGUUAAUGUCUUUCAUCAUAUUUCUAGCAACUUAAAAAUAAUUAGAUAUAUUAACUAAUACACUUAUAUAUGAAUCAUUUCCUAUUUACAGAGGAGCAUUAUUAUUUAUUCUAUAUUAUUGGUCAUUAACUAUAGUUAUUCAUUUAUGGAAUUUAUCUAAAAUCAAUUAUAAAUUAUAUUUUAACUUUAAUCAUCAUUUCUCAACAAUUAAUGAAUAAUUAAAAAGAGUUAUGACUUUGACCUCAAUCUUUUUAUUAGUUAGUCUCUUUUAUUUAUGUGAUGUUUCUAAAUUGGGCAUUAUAUUUUCAAAUCUUAAAGGAGAAGAAUAUUUUCCAUUAAUAAUUUGGGCUUCUCUUUUAGCAAUAGUAGCAUUUCCAUCAAAAUUUAUAAUUAAUGGAAAAGGUAGGAUAUGGCUUUAUCGUAAUUUAUUAUAAUCAUUAAAUCCAAAACUCAUAGAAUAACGUCAUUUUUUCAUUAUCAGCCAAUUUACUUCAUUAAUUAUUCCCUUUACUGAUCUUACAUAUACAAUAUGUGAAUAUUCAUAAGGAGUAUAUUAUUAUUGAUUAAUUAUAUAGAUAAAAAAUCAAGAAGAUAAUGAUGAUAAUAUAAAAAAUGAAUGCUUCUUUAUAUCUAGAUAUUUUACUUUAGCCUUAGUGCUAUUUCCAUAUUUUAUUCUAAUAAUAUAAAUUAUAUUCUUAACAUAAAAAUAAUAGAAUAUAGAUUUGUAUAUUAUAGAAUUCAUAAGAAAUAUAUUAUCUAUUGCUCUCAUAGUUUUUGCCACUUUAUCUUAUUAAGAAUCUAACUUUUUUUAUUAUUGGUUAGGCAUGGCUAUUGCUAUUGGUAUACUAAAUAUAGUUUUUGUUUUUAAGAAAUGGAGUUAUUUGGAUAUUAAAGUAAAGAGAUAAAUAAGAUCGAUCUCAUAUAAAUAAAUAUUAAUAAUGAUAUACAUUCCUUUUGGAAUUAUUUAGCCAUUAUCAAUAUCAUCUUCUAUUUUUGGAUGUUUAGAUAGAAAUGAAUAACACAGUCUCCUUAUUUUAUAUAUUGGUAUUGUUGAAUUGAUUAGAAGUAUUUAGUAAAUUGUAUUUAGGAAUGAUAAUUAAUUAUUAUAUUGUAGAUGCAGAACAUUUUAAAAAUAAAUAGAAAUAUUAGACAGUUGGUGAAUAUGAAUUUCCAUUUGAAGAAUGUUGUACAAGGAUACAAAAAUAAUAGUUAUUGUAAAAUACUCUAUAAUUAUAAUAGAUAAUAUGAUUCUGAUGAUAGUGAUAAUGAUGAGAAAGAAUUCUAUAGAUUUAAUAAAGAAAAAAACAGAGAGGAUCAAGUUAUCCCUAAUUAAAUAAGUAGAAGAACAGAAAUUGGACUGUUCAUUUAGGGUAAAUCUACAUUUAAUCAAUUUAAUAAUUCUGAAGAUCCAUCAUAGACAUAAGUUAAUUAAUUGAAAAUAUCUGAAUUAAUAGUUAAGGAUUCAGAAAAAGCUUUAGGGGAUAGUUUUAUAAAUUAUGAUAUUAAUAAUUUUAAACCAGAUGAAUUGAAUUCAUUAAAUAAUUGUUAAUAAAUAUCUGAGAAUGAUUUAUAGAGUUUGCAUAUUAAUAAUAAGAAUUCGAAGAAGGAGAUUAAUUAGUUAUAUGAAGAAUUUGGUGUGAAAAUUAAAAAAUGA